AUGAGCUCGUACACAGGCCAACAUGCACCUUUGACCAUUCCAACAGCUCUUAUUCCUUCAAACGAUACAGAGAAGCUGAUUCAACCGAAGCCUGUCCCGAAUCCUGUACUCGCUUCUCAACUUCAUAAAGCGUUGAACUCGGAGAUCAAGGUCAAGUCAAAAGCAGGCACUUUGAUUGAGGAGAAGUCAGAGUUGGAGAAGAUUUUUCAUUCGAGAAAGACAAAAUCUGUCCAAAAACCUGCUCCUGAUAAUCGAACGCCAAUUGAAUGUGAGCUUGGAUCUCGCUUACAAGAGCGACGACAACGCCUCGAUUCUCUGGAGAAACCAGCUUCAGAAAAAGCACCUGCUCCUUCAGCCGACGAAAAUGUCCCUGAAUUCAUGAAAAUAAAACUUCGAAAAGCAUGA